AUGCUGAGGAAUAAAGGUUCAGCGCAGAUAACAUUAAGAAGACUAUUCAAAGGUACCAAAUGCUAUACUCAUGGAAGUAAUCAUGCAUUAGUAUCGCCACUGUUAAGCAAUGUAUCCACAAUAAACAGACCAAGGUGGGCAAGUACCGUGUCUUCCGAAUCACAUAGAUUCCCUCUAAAUGAAUUCUACAACCAUCUUUCAACAAAUUAUAAAGGAAAUUCUGCAUUUCUACUGGAUCAGACCUCCAAAUUCACCUCAAUAUUGGCUAAAGAUGAUUCAAGUAAAGAUAUAUCGAAAAUUCCGAGUGAUAAAAAUGAUAAGAAACCAGAAAAUAGGAUCGAACAACCUGAAAACGAAAAGGACCAAGAAGAAGAUAAUAUACCAUCAAAGAAACAAGAUAAUGGCGAUGCUAAGGAUAGUAUAGAUAGCAGCGAAAGUAUAACUCGUAAUUCAAAAUCCGGAUCAGCAUCUUCACCUCCAGGUAACAACAAUAACACUCCAGAUGACCCUCCACCACCACCACACUCAUCAUCAUCCAGUGAUUCAUAUAGUACUGCUCCAGGUAUACCAGAUGUAUAUCCUGAAAUGUUAGCAUUACCUAUCUCAAGAAGGCCUCUUUUCCCAGGGUUCUAUAAAGCAGUAGUGAUAUCAGACCCUAACGUAAUGAAAGCGAUUAAAGAAAUGCUCGAACGUCAACAACCAUAUUUGGGUGCAUUCAUGUUGAAGGACUCAGAAUCAGACAUCGACAUUAUUGAAAAUAGAGAUCAAGUUCAUCCAGUAGGUGUUCUAGCCCAGAUCACUAGUGCGUUUCCAAGUAAAGAUGAAAAGACUGGGAAGGAAACUAUGACUGCCUUAUUGUAUCCUCAUAAGAGAAUUAAAUUAGAUGACCUUGUGAUACCGGAAAAACAUCCAUCUCCAUCUGUACCAAUUACACCAAAAUUAGAAGAUAUUGUAGUCGAGAAAAUUGUGGAUAAUGAAAUCGCAGAACAACCUAAAAUUACGGGCGACGUUGUUGAUAACGCAGACGGAUCUCAAAUAGAAAAGCAAAAUAAGGAAAAGCAAGAAAGUGUAGUACAAAAAGAGGAAGGAGAAGAAGAAUUCGAGAGUGAUGAUAUAAGUGAAGAGGAACUACAAAAAUUACAAGAAGAAGAUUUGAAUCCAACUGAAUUUUUAAAGGCUUACAAUGUAUCACUAGUUAACGUCUCCAAUUUAGAAGAUGAACCAUUUGAUAGGAAAUCACCAGUUAUUAAUGCCUUAACUUCAGAAAUCUUAAAAGUUUUCAAAGAAAUCUCACAAUUGAAUACCAUGUUUAGAGAACAAAUUGCAACUUUCUCAGCAUCGAUUCAAUCUGCUACUACAAACAUAUUCGAAGAACCUGCAAGAUUAGCUGAUUUCGCGGCAGCUGUCUCCGCUGGUGAAGAAGAUGAAUUACAAGAUAUAUUAUCAUCAUUAAAUAUUGAACAACGUCUUGAAAAAUCUUUAUUGGUCCUUAAGAAAGAAUUAAUGAACGCCGAGUUACAAAACAAGAUAUCGAAAGAUGUAGAGACAAAAAUUCAGAAAAGGCAACGAGAAUAUUACCUAAUGGAACAACUAAAAGGUAUCAAGAGAGAAUUAGGUAUAGAUGAUGGAAGAGAUAAAUUAAUCGAAACAUAUAAGAAAAGAGUUGAAAAAUUACAAUUACCGGAUAAUGUUCAAAAAAUAUUUGAUGAAGAGGUUACGAAAUUGGCUACUUUGGAAACAUCAAUGUCGGAAUUCGGUGUCAUUAGAAACUAUUUGGAUUGGAUCACUUCAUUACCUUGGGGUAUAACAUCAAAGGAACAAUAUUCUAUCCCGAGAGCAAGAAAGAUCUUAGAUGAAGACCAUUACGGUAUGAAAGAUGUUAAGGAUCGUAUUUUGGAAUUCAUUGCCGUUGGGAAAUUAUUGGGUAAAGUUGAUGGUAAAAUUAUCUGUUUCGUGGGCCCACCUGGUGUGGGUAAGACCUCCAUAGGUAAAUCUAUUGCAAGAGCUUUAAAUCGUCAAUUUUUUAGGUUUUCAGUUGGUGGUAUGACGGAUGUUGCAGAAAUUAAAGGUCACAGAAGGACGUAUAUAGGUGCUUUACCAGGUAGAGUUAUUCAAGCAAUGAAGAAAUGUCAAACGCAAAAUCCAUUAAUCUUGAUUGAUGAAAUUGAUAAAAUAGGGCAUGGCGGUGUUCAUGGUGAUCCAUCUGCUGCAUUAUUAGAAGUACUAGACCCAGAACAAAAUAAUAGUUUUUUGGAUAAUUACUUAGAUAUUCCAAUGGAUCUUUCGAAAGUUCUUUUUGUUUGUACAGCUAACUCACUGGAUACAAUUCCAAGACCAUUAUUAGAUCGUAUGGAAGUCAUUGAAUUAACUGGUUAUGUGGCGGAAGAAAAAGUUAAGAUCGCAGAACAAUAUUUAAGCCCAAGUGCAAAAAAGACCGCAGGUUUACAAAAUGCAAAUGUUACAUUAUCUGAAAAUGCAGUCGUUGCGUUAAUGAAGUACUAUUGUAGAGAAAGUGGUGUUAGAAACUUGAAGAAAUAUAUCGAGAAAAUCUACCGUAAGGCUGCAUUGAAUAUAGUCAAACAAAUAAGUGUAGACGAAAAAGAAUCAUCAGACACAACGGGUGACAAGAAGGAAACUGUUGUUUCUCAAGACCAAAAAAUUGAAGUUGAGAAAACAAAAGAGGAUACCGAAUCUAUGCAAGUCUCAGAUGAUAUUAAAAUUGAUAUUACACCAGAUAACUUGAAAGAUUAUGUUGGGCCCCCAAUAUAUACUACAGAUAGACUAUACGAAACAACACCACCAGGUGUUGUUAUGGGGUUAGCAUGGACAAGCAUGGGUGGUUGCUCCUUAUAUGUGGAAUCAGUACUUGAACAACCGUUACAUAACUGUAAGCACCCAACUUUGGAAAGAACAGGUCAAUUGGGGGAUGUCAUGAAGGAAUCGUCACGUUUAGCAUACUCUUUUGCUAAAAUGUUUUUAGCCAAAAGAUACCCUGAAAAUAGGUUCUUUGAACAAGCUUCCAUUCAUUUACAUUGUCCUGAAGGUGCCACUCCAAAGGAUGGACCUUCUGCAGGCGUUACAAUGGCUACUUCAUUCCUAUCAUUAGCAUUAAACAGAUCCGUUGAACCAACAGUAGCAAUGACUGGUGAGUUGACUUUGACAGGUAAAGUUUUACGUAUCGGAGGUUUAAGAGAGAAGGCUGUUGCUGCAAAGAGAUCAGGAGCUAAGACGAUCAUCUUCCCUAAGGACAACAUGAGUGAUUGGGAAGAGCUACCAGAAAAUGUUAAGGAAGGUUUAGAACCACUAGCUGCAGACUGGUAUGACGAUAUAUUUCAAAAACUUUUCGUAUCGGUGAGUACCAAGAAGGGGAAUAAGGUUUGGGACUCUGAAUUUGCAAUCCUUGAUGCGAAAAAGAAAUUGAGAAAGAGGAUGAAUAGAAAUCUAAUAACAUCUAAAUCCAUCUGUAAAUAUUCUACUUAA